CGCCUCCCCUCCUCUCAGUUUCUGGCAGAACUGCUUUCCGCGGUGUGGAUCGUGGCCCCUGGGUUGGCGGUCAAUCAACAGUAGAGCCGAGAGAAUGCUAUCGAUUUUUGUCCUCCUGCAUUUGUUCCUGAGCCUCCUGAAGGACACCCGAGCCCGAUCACACUCUCUGGAGUAUUUCUACACAGCUGUGUCUAAGCCAGGCCCAGGAAUCCCUGUAUUUACUGCCUCUGGCCGCGUGGACAACCAAGUCUUUAUUCGCUUUGAUAGCGAGAGGAUGAAGGCCGAUCCAUGUGUUGACUGGUUGAGGGAAAAUCCAGAUUACUUUGAUGAUGAGACCAAGAUCUUCAAAACUCGGAUGAAGAUAUUCCAGUUAAGUCUGAGAAAUGUGCAGCAGUAUUACAACAACUGCAUGGAUGGGAGUCUGAGCAAAGAGGUCUCACCAGAGCCAUCAGGCCUGCAUACCCUCCAGUUCACCUAUGGCUGCCAGCUGCAGGAAGACAGCAGGACCUGGGGGCACUGGCAGUAUGGCUAUGACGGCAAUGACUACCUGAGCUUGGAUUUGGAGACUCUGCAAUACACUGCAGUCUCUUCAAUUGCCCGCUACACCAAGCAGAAGUGGGAAGCCAAUGGGAAUUUGGUAGAAAAAGACAAGAGCUAUUUGGAGAAGGAAUGCAUCUUGUGGCUGCAGAGAUAUUUGAAGCUUGGAGGGAAGAACUUGACCCGAACUGAGCCUCCUUAUACACGCGUGACCUACCAUCCCUUACCUGACCAUAAUAAAGUCACCCUGAGAUGCUGGGCCAUGGGCUUCUACCCUGCAGAGAUCUCCCUGACCUGGCAGCAGGAUGGGGAAGAUGAGAGCCAGGACAUGGAGCUUGUGGAGACCAGGCCUUCAGGGGAUGGAACGUUCCAGAAGUGGGCAGCUAUAAAGGUGCCUACUGGAGAGGAGCAGAGAUACAUGUGCCAUGUGCAUCAUGAGGGGCUGCCUGAGCCCCUCACUCUGAGAUGGGAUCCACUUUCUCAGCCCAACAAACACACCAACAAGAACUUUCAAGCUGUGAUCCUUGUAUCUUUGAUUGCUGUAGGACUUCUGCUCCCAGGAAUUAUGCUCUGAAGAAGAUGUCAAGCGAUAAGGAGGUACACACUGCAUUUGUCUACUGUGGGGUUUUCCGGGAACCCCAGCCUCGGGCGUGGUCAAGAUGGCGCCUGACGCUGAGCCAGAGGCGGCCAGCUAUACAGUAAACAACCAGCGAAUUCCAAUAAUUGGCUAGUUAAUGAUGUGA